ACCGGAAAUAUCGUGUAAUCAUCCGCGCAAUGUACAGUGGCUCGGUUGUUUUAUUUAUGUAUGCGCGUUAUGUUUAGCUCAUUGUCGUUCCUGUUGAUGAUUGCACAUGUUUUUUGGAAGAUAACACGAUAAGACCGUCUAAACACUGUGAGGUUGUCUUCGAAAGGUAGCUUCACACAGCCUCCAGAGAGAGACUAUGGGCCGGCUGGACGAGGCCGCCAAGCUGAAAGUGGUGGAGUUGCGGAAGGCGGGCUUGAGUUUCCGUAAAAUAAAAGCGGUGCUCGAGCUGGAGAACAUUAAGGUGUCCGCCCAGGCCAUCUACUUGUACCUGAGGGAGUUCCAAGGCAGGCCAGCUGGAAGAGGACGAGCCGGGGGGUCUGGGAGCAGCGUGGCACCGGAGACACCGCAAGGACCGGCCAGGCCCAAACCUUGGAACAAUUCUCAGCUGCAGAACCUACUACGGGAAGCCUCUCAUCAGGCUAACUGUAUCGUCGCAUUGGAAUUCGCCAAGAAAACCACGGCGGGUUCCGAGGCGAGGCCAACCUCCUCUGGGUCGAGUGACGCCGGGGUCGGGGGCCGGUCCGAGCAGCCAGCCGAGGGCAACCGGGAGGAGGCUGAUAUCCAGAUUGUUAGCGUCACCUCCCUAGCCCAGAGCAGCCAGCCGAGGCCGCUCCAGUCCCCUAUGGCGCGGACGGCUGUGGGGGCACAUUCCACGACAGUGGCGACAUCACUGGCCGCACUGCGAAGGAGAGUCUCGCCCUCGCCGGCGGCCACGAAUCCUAUCCUAGCAGCCCGUAAAAGACUCCUGGACAAAGCCCUGUCACACAGGGCAAAGCAGUCCUUCCAACCGAUGGGACCGCCGUCGCGGAGGUACCAGCCCAGCGUCGCCGGGGAGGAUCUGAGGCGUGUGAUGGCCAGAGAUCUUGAAAAGUAUAGCAAUGAUAGCACUUUUAUGACGGGGCAGCCCGGAGGAACCAAUGACCCAAGGAGGGGUGUCCCACAACGGCCCGCCCUGUCACUUCGUUCCCCUCAGCCACCACCAAGAGUUGGCGUUCGACCCCCGGCCCUUCUGACGUCCCCGGCCUCCAGGACCCCACAAAUACGUCUUCACGCCCCCGGGGGUCCGUCCAACGCCCGACGAGAUGGGGGUAUCGGCCCAUCGGGGAGUAUCAGCCCCCAGCAGAAGGAGGCUCCGACGAGAAGUCCGGGUGGGGGUGGUGGGCCCGGUGCUGGGGUGGGGGGCCUUCAGGACCAGGUGCAGCUCCUGGCCACCGAGGUGCGCGGCCUGGGCCUGGCGGUGAAGAUGUUGGUGGAGCAGCAGAGCCGCCUGGAGAGGGAGCAGACGCAGCAGACGCGAGUCCAGAAGCAGAUCCUGGGCGCGCUCCAGGGCCUCGCCUCGAGCCUCGGCCCGUGUCGCGGUGUUCCCGCGCGGCCCGACAAAGCCCCCACGCCACCACCCGCCAUGCCCACGGCCCCGGCCGCCGCCGCCGCCUCGUUCAGCGAGGACCCGUUCACCUACAGCCAGGGUGCUUACACGCCGUGCCACCAGGCGCAGUCCGGCUACAGCUCCAUGGAUGGUUUGGAGAUUGUGGAGGCCUUUAAACUGCCAGAACUAAGGAGCGCGGGCGUCAACGGGUUUCCCCCUUGUAGCAAUGCCGGGCCUUUGUCCCACUCCUACACCCAAGCACAGCCCUAUACCACCGCGUACACACAGCCACACAGUCAAGCGGCAAUGCCUUGCUACACACAGUCCUUGGCCCAAACAUAUGUCCAGGCGAAUGCUCAGUCAUUCAGAGGCCUGGAUGCUAAGGUUUCUGAAUUCCCCAGUGGUUGUUUGGAAGGGUCUCUACAGGACUGCGGUAUCCCGACAGAGCAGGUGAUGAAGUCUACCCAGUCUUCAAUGGAGGACCAACUCAAUAUUAUUAAAGUGGAAGAAACUUAGGGUUUGUUAGGCUUGAAGAACAGUUACUUUAUAUCUAACCCUACGUCUAAUCAUAAUACUUUUGUAGCUAAUAAAUCUUUUUAAAGGAAUAUAAUCCCAUUACUUACAGUACAAAGCGGAUGUAUUUCACGUUCCCAAUCUCAUGCAUUUCAAUGAAAAUCAGAAUUGGCCAUCAGUCUCAACGUCUGAUGCCACAUGCAUAUUAUAAGGUAUCCUUCAUUUUUUCUAUUAGAAAGGGCUUGGAUGUCUCGGACACGACAGAUUUGAUUUGUUUUCACUGCGUACAUUGUUUGACUGAAAUGUUAGAUUGUUAUUGAACUUAAUUUAAAAAAAAGAAAAAAAUAUUUUAACAUUAACAAUCCAAACAUUGAAAUGUCAGCAAACCUAUCUGUUUUAAAGUAAGGUAAAUAAGGUUGUACUUUUAUCUGUAUUGAGUAACACUAACAGGUGAAAAAAUUAACAUAUCUGAUGCUUAUGUUGUUGCAAUUUUUACAUGGUAGACCUUUCAAAUAAUUGAUCUAUGUCUUUAUGAAGAUGAACUCUAUUCAUUGCAUAUUCCUUUUUAUACUUUUGUAUGCAAUAUUCUGAUAUAAAUCCAUUUCCUUGUA